AUCGAAUAGACCAAUAAGCUUCUUAUGUUACCUGCAUGGUUGUAACGUGCUUGUGGUAGAGAAGUAUAUGUAAUAUAUCAUUUUAUAAUAUUGUUUGCAAUGGAAUGUAAAAAAUGUAUUAUACUGUUGGGACUUGUUCUAAGUUUAAAUUAUGUUUAUGGCCAAUACAGGAUGAAAAACACUCCUGGUUCUUCGUUGUCAGAUCGAGUGCAGCAGUUAUCAGAACUAGCUCUCACGAGACCCGUGAUUAAGUUUAAUGGGGCAAAAUUUAAAGAAUAUGUCAAAACUACACCAAGAAAUUAUUCUGUUGUUGUAAUGUUCACUGCCAUGGCACCUCAAAGACAGUGUCAGAUAUGCAGGCAUGCAAAUGAUGAAUUUGUGAUCGUGGCAAAUUCAUUUAGAUAUUUACAAUCUCACUCAAAGAAGUUGUUUUUUGCAUCUGUGGAUUUUGACGAAGGAUCAGAUGUAUUCCACAUGAUGAGAUUGAAUACUGCACCGGUAUAUAUGCAUUUUCCACCAAAAGGUAAACCAAAACCUGCAGAUACCAUGGAUAUCCAAAGAGUAGGAUUUGGAGCAGAAGCAAUUGCAAAGUGGAUAUCUGAACGUACUGAUAUUCAGAUUAGAGUAUUUAGGCCUCCAAACUAUUCUGGCACGGUUGCAAUAAUAAUGUUGCUGAUACUUAUUGGAGGAUUUUUAUACCUGAGGCGCAACAAUUUAGAUUUCAUUUAUAACAAAACAAUUUGGGGUCUUGGUGCAUUGGUAAUGUUUCAUGAUUUCUUUACACUUACAAUGAUAUCUGGACAAAUGUGGAAUCAUAUUAGAGGUCCACCAUUCAUACACAGAUCACCUAGUGGGAAUGUAGCUUAUAUACAUGCUUCUUCUCAAGGGCAAUUCAUUUUAGAAACAUACAUUGUUAUGAUUCUAAAUGGAGCAGUGGUGUUAGGUAUGAUUUUAAUGACCGAAGCCGCUUCACGUAAAGGUGAUGUAAAAAAACGGCGAAUAUUUGCAGCAAUAGGCGCUGGAUUAGUCGCUAUCUUCUUUAGUUCACUGUUAUCAAUAUUUAGGAACAAAGUACAAGGCUAUCCAUACAGAGAGGAUUAAAUUGUUUGUUUCAGCUUAUUGUUCAAGUGAAAAAAUAAACGUGAGAAGUCACUAUUUGUAUAUAUUGCAAAAAAAAUUUUCAACUUAUCUGUCAGAUUAAGAAUUAGGAUACAAAUAAUAAAUAAAUACUGUAGCUCUAAUUAUUGUUGAAGUGUAUUUUAAUCAUAAUUUACAUUUGUUUGUACGUAAUGUAAAAUAAAUUAAUAUUUAAAAUCA